UAGUUAGCUUUGCUUCAAAGUCGUCUCGAAAUUGUGCAAUAGAUAAUUGUUGAAUAACUUAUAUUUCGUUUGUUUUCCACCUCAAAUGUCAUGAUGCAGAAUGGUAAAGUGUUCGUUAAAAAUGCAAAGCUGUGUGGUGUACAACGAGCUCUGCUGCAUUCUGAUUUUGACGGUUCAGUGAGCAGUCACUUGAUCCUGAACAGGCGUUGCGUAGUGUGGAUGCCAAGCUUGGGCGGCACGCUGACGAAGAGUCACGUGACAGGUCAGGAUUGUUUGAAUGCUGGCGUGAAACUUGGGCGUGUUUGUUAUGUUCUGUUGUGUGUGAUUGAUACGUAGCACGAUGGCGAAAAUUUUUCAGUGCUGUGCGCUACUUGUGCUGCUAGGAUUACUUGUGGAGCCCAGCACUGGCAUUAAAUGUUGGGAAUGUCGUUCUGAUACUGAUCCAAAAUGUGCAGAUCCGUUUGAUAACAGCACUGUUCCCAUAACAGACUGCAAGCAAGAACCAGAUCUUCCACAUUUAAAGGGUAUCAGGCCAAAAAUGUGCAGGAAGAUACGGCAGAAAGUUAAUGGGGAAUGGAGAUACUUUCGUAGUUGUGCUUAUGUAGGAGAAGUUGGAAUUGCUGGAGAUGAACGCUUCUGUCUGAUGCGUACUGGAACAUACAAUAUUUUCAUGGAAUAUUGUACGUGUGAUAGCAAAGAUGGUUGCAAUUCAGCAACUUCGUAUCAGCCACACCACUUGCUGCUUUGCUUUGGUAUUUGUAUUAGUGUAAUACAGCAUCUUGUGUGUUUCUUUAAGGCAUUCCGAUAAAGUACUUACUGCAGCUGUAAGUGCACUAGAGUCUCAGGUUUGUACAAUUUAGAUGAAUCUCAUUUGCUAGGUGAAGAUAAUAUAUUUAUCUCUCAAAGAAAGAUAGAACAAACUAGAACUCCUUGCACCACGCGCAAAAGUUGUGGUUGUGAAGAACCUUAAUUUUACUAGUGUUUUCUGAAUAUAUUUCCAGAGAAUUUUAUUAUGCUUAAUAAAGCAUUAACAUUUACAUGAAGUGAUAAACCGAUCCGUCCUAUUAAGAGAAAUGAGAAGACUGCCUCAUUUUUUUUUAAUUUAAUGGGUGAUAUUUCUUUUCCUUUUGUGUUCAUUAUAGUAUUACAAAGCAAGAGGAAUCUCAUUAAGGUGAACUAUGAGAAACCGUCAGUGCCUGAAGUUUUGACAUAUUGCUUGUAAGAUUAUCAUAUUGCAAUAUUAUUGUUAGUUUUAGAACUUUUUUACCAUUGUUACACUUUCAGUGAUGGGCUUUAGUACUCGAGUGAAAGACUGUAAAUUGUAUACAUUCUUUAACAUUUGAGUAUGUUGUUACAUAGAACACCUUAGCUUAAUUUGUAAAAUGGUUUAAAUUAUUUGCAUAUUCUCUCUGAUAAUAGAAUUGUCAAUGUUGAUGACCAGAGACCUAUUACAUUGUCUUAAAUAAGACUGCAGUUGAACAAAGAUAUGUGGGCUUUGUAAUAAGAUGAUUAUGGAUGAUACAACUUCUUCCAGAUUGUCCAUUGAUGUAAAAAAAAAAAAAAAAAAAAAAAAAAAAAAAAAAAAAAAAAAACCCCAACCACCUCUACAGCAGCAUAUUGAGGAAACAAUAUAAUUGUCACUAUUGUGGCACUGAGGCACUAAAGUUCAUUGUGUACAUAUUUCCAGCUCAUUCUCUUUAAAUCUAUAGAAGCUGUAAGAAUACAGGGUAGUAAGUGCCAUUGAUUAUUGAAAUUUUGUUCUGAGGUUUAAUUUUUUGUGCUGUAGUUGAUCCUGUUAGCUGCACCUGGCUGGGCACAGCGGCUUUGCGAGCCUACCUCAACCAAUAAUUGAACAUGAUUUUGUAUAUGUAUCCAUGGCAAUGUCUCAGUAUUGUCACAGCUUUGUAGACAGUUACUGUUUUUGCCUGCAGACAUUUGUGUGUCUCAGUUGAAUGCUGACAACAGUGGGACAACCUGUCGGGGAUUUUCUUACAUUAUCUCAGCUAUAGAAUGAGUGAUGGGGAGUGUCUUUCAUUUUGUUGAUAUAUGACUCAUCUGGAAAGAGCUGAAAUAUCUGUGCUACAUUCUGAUGAGAAAGCAAAGGAUACUUUCCCUCCAUCUUCCUUCUGCACCCAUGGACCUCCCUCUAAAAUAGAUGUAAAAAAGUGUGUGUAUCAUUUGAUAUAGAGAUAGGCCAAAGUAUGAGACAGUAAACAUGUGCAAAUUUGUUCAUAGCUGAAAGAAAACUUGAAAAUAAGAACAGAUAAAUAGUGGGAGGAAAAUGUUUGAGAGGUUUUUGUUCCCAGUCCACUUCUAGUUGAUGACAUGUUUAGUGAUCACAGCCAUGCUACUGUUUAAAAAUAUUUUCCCAUGUGAAAGCUGGUCCUCAUUGUUUCCCAAAUUUAUUAAAAGUCACCAAUGGUUGUAAGUGAAAUGCGGAUUCAUAUAUUGAAGAGAAAUGAAUGAUGUAUAUAUAAUUAAUCUUUUCUCUCCCCAUUCUGGUUUCCUCAAGAAACCCCUUUAGUGCUUUUGACAGAAUCUGUAGGAUUGAUGAGCAGCAGCAUAGCCUGUUACCGGCAACAUAAUCUGUUAGGGAAUACAGAAGUGUCUGACUCCACCAGUCUGCUUUGACCCACGACAUCAUCAACAUGGCGGAAAUGGCUAUUCUAAGCGUCUGCAAUAUGGCGCCUAUGAUAUCACUACAUAGACACAGCAACAAACACGAAAAUAUGUAUAAAUAAGGCAAUAACAUCUCCCUCCAAAAAUACAAUCAAACUAACGAGACUACCCCAGGAAAACACGAUCCCAAAACACACAAGUUGGAAAAAAGAAAAAAAAUAUCUACAGGAAAUCGGACACUUCCCUUGACGUAUAUAGGUCAACCGCAGCUGACGAUACCAAAACACAAACACCAACACCUACAGCAAAAACUAUGGAAAUUGGAAUCAGACAUUUCUCUUGACCACAGCUGAUGGUACGAAAACACCUAUACCUUCAUAUAAAAAUACGAAAAUUGGAAUCGGUCAUUUACCUUGACCUAUAUAGGUCAACUAUAACUACCCCUACAUAAAUUAAAACACAUUAAAUACACACAACAUUACAACUCGGAAAAAAUAGACCAAAAAAAAAAAAAAAUCAAUUACUUACCACCAACAAAUUUCGGCCGGCUAUCACACACACACACACACACACACACACACACACACACACACACA